CAGGCUAAACUGAACAAGUUAUCAACAGCUACAAACCAACUUACCAAAGUGCACCAAAUGAACGAACAGGAAUGGCUUCCUCUCCCGGAGAGUUUAACCCCACAGAGAGCAAGCCAAGGGCUAAGGCCUCGGGUUCUGCCUCCCAUCGGAGCAUCAGGGCYUAGUGAAGAAGUUAAAAAGGCUUUCUCAACGAAGAAGGAGUUGGAGGACAAGUUGAAGGCUCAACAGAAGCUGUUGAAACAUAGAAGGAGCAAAGUGCAAGAAAACCAGCUCCAUAUGAAAAUGGUCUCCAGAGCCAUGGAGGAUUACAGACGGAGCCAAGAGAGCAACCCUGUUCACAGUCCUUUMCCAGAACCACAGUUACCAUCCACUAUGAUGAGCGAGGAGCGGAAAAAAAUGAUGAACUACAGAAACUUAAAGCGUUUUGUCGAGAGUCGACCCCAGGCUCCGAUCCAGCAACAGUGGCUGGACUCAAUUGUGGCCCRAGUUCCAGAUAGACUGAAAGAGACCCCUGAGAUGAAGAAACUUCUGGAGGAGCUUUGUGCUGAAGUCAGCGAGGAGAUCCACAAUGCGAUGGUCAAACACACAGUCGACUUUGUUUUGAAGAAUCCUCAGCAACAAGAACAGAGCUCGGCAACACAGAGAGUUUCUGAUUCAGAACUUUUACAUUUCUCAAAACCAUGGCAUGAUAGCKUUGUAAAAAGUCGCGAGAUGAUAAAGGCACAUUUGCARAUUUUGCAWCCCGUGAUGCAAACUUUAUUGGAUCUCGGCUUCUCGGAAUUUUCUGAGCUGGUCCUUGUUGAUCCGUCGACAUUCAGAGCUUUAGGACCAAUGGAGUAUAAAAGCCUAAAGAACAAAGCAGACAAGUUAAAAUCGAUGCUUCAGGCAAACGUAGAAAAUUUUGUCAGGGUAUUUGAUCCAAACAAUCAGCACUGCUUGCCGGUUUUCCGUAUGGCAUUGACAUUUGAUGAUGAAAAGAUGGAGAUUUUUCCCACCGUACAAGAUUUGGAAGACUCUGUUUUGGAGAUCCUUAAUGCCAUAGCUAAUACACUGCAGAAAGUACAAAUUCUGCCGUCUGGGAUGAUGGAACAUACCUCAUCUUCAUUUGUGGAUGCCAGUGUGCCUGAUGAGGUUCUUACUUGGGCUCAGGCUACACUGAAGAAUGCUGUGCGCAAAAACUUAGAGGAACCUGACCAACAUUUAAAGACCUAUGUGAACAAAUAUGACUGGCUUGUGAAUGGGAAAGCACAGAGUAAGGUAGACACAUUUCUGGAGGAGGAACACUCUUUUGAUGAAUACAAGAAGCAAGUGGAGGAGUUCCAUAUGUUAUCAAAGGAGAUUAGCAGCCUCCCAUCAAAACGCUACUUCCCAAUGGUCCUGCUGGAMAGUGAGGAGCUGAAACAAGGCAUAGCUAACAAAGCUAAAAUGUAUGCUGACGUGCUUCUGAAGAAACUCGUCACUACACAUCGAGAGCAAAAUAAACUGAUAUGUUCUGAAUUUGAAGUCAUCCAAAAGAAAGCUCUGGAAGUUCCAGAAAAUACAGAAAACAUUGCUCAGAUAGAAGAAUACAUCAAAUUUACCAGAACAACGGGUAUUGCAGAACUAAAUGAAAAAAUAAAGGAAGCCCUCUCCAGACUYCUCUACCUUUUGGACAACUACUUCUUUGACCCAGAAGAUUUGGAGCUGAAUUCAACGGUCUUUCUCUGGCCCAAAAACAUUUUGCAUGCCUUUGAGCAAAAUAAUGAGGUGUUACAAAUGGCUAAGGAGAGAGAAAAGAAAAAGCUGAUUGACAAAAGGGAAAAAUUAAUGGCAGAACUGGGAGAGUUGGGACACAGGGUAGAGCAGUUCCUACAAUACAGAGAGUUGGUUUUAAUGCAGCAGUAUGUGGAAGAUGUAAGAAAAGUGCAGAAACUUCUCCAGAUGGCCGAGGAGGCUAUUGUCCAGAUUAAUAAGGAAGAGGCCUUUUACAAAUGGGAUAUUACAUGUUAUCCAGAAGUUGAAGUCCUCAAAGAGGRUAUUGAACCAUAUCAGAAGCUGUUUGGAUUUAUCCUUAAGUGGCAGCACACAGAAAACAGAUGGAUGGAUGGCUCUUUCGUGGAACUAGAUGGGGAAAGCAUGGAGGUCCAAGUGGAAGAGUUCUACAGGGAGAUCUUCAAGAUGCUGACGUUUUUCCAGCAGAAGCAGAUUAAGGCUGCGCAAGAGCUGGAGAAGAUMUCUGGGAAGGCAAGAGGAAGUUCCAGUAGAGAAGAAGAUGCAGAAAAACAGGACAGUCCAACACCGAUUGUGUCAGAGCAGAUUAAGUCUUCAGAACAGAGAGAAGAUAUCUCUGGGAAGAAAAGACAAAGUCCUGGUGAAGAAGAUCCCAAAAAGAAGGAGAGUCCAACAAUAGUUAUGUGCUCUACUGUAAUGAACCAGAUCAAAACAUUCAAGGACUACAUCCCCGUGGUGUCCAUCUUAUGCAACCCUUGUAUUCGAACUCAUCAUUGGCACCUCAUGUCAGAGAUAGUYGGGUAUGACCUCACUCCUAACUCUGGGACAACACUCAGGAAAGUUCUCAACAAAAACCUGGCCCCUUACCUGAAUGAGAUUCAAUCUAUUGGUGUUGCUGCCAGUAAGGAAUUUUCUCUGGAAAAGACUGCGCAGAUGUAGUGAUUAUGUGACUACAACUUCUCAAAACUAAAGUUAUGAGGAAACCACAAGUUCUUUCUGCGGGAAGAUUAAACCCUUCUCUGUUUGGGGCGGUUGAGCUGGAGUCAACCACAGAAGAUUUCUGGAACCCCGCUUUUCGAGAGUC